UUCGCGGCCACGGCAGCAGGAAGCGCCUCGAGCGCGGCCUCCGCCUUCCUGUCACCCUCGCGGGGACAGCGCCGGGACCCCCCUGGCGUGGCCCCCGUGGCCCCGGCCGUGUCCCCGGCGCCGGCCCCGUGGUGGCCCCGUCCCCGUGGCCCCGUCCCCAUGUCCCUGGCGCUCAAGGCCCGGCAGCGGGCGAGGCGCAAGGGCGGCUCCCGGGAGCGGCUCUUCGGCUGCGACCUUCGCGAGCAUCUCCAGCGCUCGGGGCAGGACGUGCCGCAGGUGCUCCGGAGCUGCACGGAGUUCGUGGAGCAGCACGGGGUGGUCGAUGGCAUCUACCGCCUGUCCGGGGUGUCCUCCAACAUCCAGCGGCUGCGCGCCGAGUUCGAGGCUCAGCGCAGCCCGGAGCUGGCCCGCCCCGUUUACCUGCAGGACGUUCACUGCGUCAGCUCCCUGUGCAAGGCCUACUGCCGCGAGCUGCCCAACCCGCUGCUCACCUACCAGCUCUACGACAAGUUCGCCGAUGCCGUGGCCAUCCAGAUGGAGGAGGCGCGGCUGGUGAAGAUCAAAGAGGUGCUCAAGGAGCUGCCGGUGCCUCACUACAGGACGCUGGAGUUCCUGAUGCGGCACCUGCUGCGCAUGGCCGGCCACAGCGGCCGCACCAACAUGCACGCGCGGAACCUGGCCAUCGUGUGGGCACCCAACCUGCUGCGCUCGAGGGACAUCGAGGCCUCGGGGUUCAACGGCACGGCCGCGUUCAUGGAGGUGCGGGUCCAGUCCAUCGUGGUGGAGUUCAUCCUCACCCACGUGGAGCAGCUCUUCGGGGAUGCCCCGCUCCGAGGUGGGGACUCGCCCCGUCGCUCGCUGUUGUUGCCCGGGGGGACGCCCCCGCUGCACGUCCCGGCCACGCUGAGCCAGGGGGACGGUCCCCCCCAGAUGCGGCCCUACCACACCAUCAUCGAGCUCGGCGAGCACAGGCGCAAGGGCUCCCUCAAGGCCAAGAAGUGGAGAUCCAUCUUCAACCUGGGCCGCUCUGGGCACGAGGCCAAGCGGAAGCCGGGGAAGGCGGAGGAGAAAGAGGAGAAGUGCGGGAAGGUCAGUCUGCGGCCGGCCAAGAGCAUGGACUCGCUCAGCUCCGGCCCCUGCGGACCCCCUGGCGCGGACACCGCCGGGCUGCUCCCGAAGCUGUCGGUGAAGCUGCGGCCGCAGCGGCAGCAGAGCUCGGACGCCGCCCCGGCGCUCCCGGAAUCCCACCCGGAGCUGGAUGAGAGCCUGGAGGAGCCGCUGGAAGCGGCGGCCGAGAGCAGCACCAAAUCGGAGCCCACCACCCCCAAAGCCCCCCGGGCCGGGCCAGGGCUCUCCGGCCGCUCCCGCGCCGAGAAAUGCGCGGGGCUCCACAUCUCGGGCCCCUUCUCGGUCACCGUCCCGUUCCACAUCACCUCCAACCUGUCCCGCCUCACCCGCGGGCUGCCGUGCCCCGCGCUGGAACGGGAACCGGCCCCCGACAGCCCCCCCGAGCCCGCACGGGACCCCCGGUCCUGCUCCGAGGACGCGGAGCAGACCCGGCUGUCCCUGGAGCUCCGGGAUUCCUUCGCCUUCCUGGACUGCCCCGAGACGUGGCUGGAGGGCGGCGGGGACGCGGAGGCGGCGGCGCGGAGCCCCGGGAUGGAGGAUGGGACCCCCGGGAUGGAGGAUGGGACCCCCGGGAUUGGGGGUGAGACCCCCGGGAUCGAGGAUGAGAGCCCCGGGAUCGGGGAUGAGAGCCCCGGGAUCGGGGAAGGGUUCCCGGCCGUGGAGGAGGGGAUGGAGAGCGGCUUCAUGAACCCCGGCGAGCGGCGGCCGGAGCAGCCGGACAGUUACCUGUCCAUCGAGGAGUGCACGGAGCAGGACAUGUUCUUCCUGGCUCCCGGCGCCUCCGAUCCCGACUCCGACUCCGACGAAAUCUUCCUGAGCGCCCACGACGAGCUCAGCCCGCUGGGGGCUGCCCCGGACAGCCCCGAGGGACCCCCGGGCGUGGGGAUGGCCCCGGAGAUCCCAGAGAUCUCGGAGACCUUGGAGAUCCCAGAGAUCCUGAAGAUCCCCAAAGUCCCAGAGAUCCCAGAGAUGCCGACCCCAAAACCCUUGGGAAAGGGUGGUCCGGGAGUAGGGGACCCCCCCCGGGACCCCCAUGGGGAAGGGGGUGAAGAGGAGGGGGCUGCGGAGGGAGCUUCCAGCCCCAGGACAGGGAUGUGGGAUGAGGGAGGGGUGGUCGGGGGUCCCGCUGGGAAUGGGGGAGAGGACGGAGCUGGAUCCCGGCCCCUCAUCCCGGGGGAGGGGAAUUCCCGGGUUUUAGAGGGGUCUCCCCCAGCCCCAUCCCCGGCAGAGCCCCCCCGGGAGCCCCCAAUCCCUGGGGCUGUUCCCGAGGUUGUCCCGGAUGGGGCCGGGGUCACCCCAACUUCUCCCUCUCCCCCCGCCUCGGCCCCUGCAGCUCCCCCCAAAAACCUGGAGCCGAUCUGGGAUGAGCCCCCCAAAAACCUGGAGUUGAGCCAGGACCAGGAUCCUCAAUUCCCGGAGCCCCCCAGGCCCUCAGAGCCCCCCAAAUUCCCGGAGCUGAUUCAAGAUGAGCCCCCGAGACCCCCGAACUCUAUCCAGGAUGAGCCCCCCAAAAACCUGGAGCCCGUCUAUGCUGACCCCCCCAAAUCUCCGGAGCUCCCUGGACACCCAGAGCCCCCCGGCCCCCUCGAGCUGGUCCAGGAGGAGCCCCCAAAAUCCCUGGAGCCGAUCUGGGAUGACCCCCACAAAUCCCUGGAGCUGAUCCAGGAUGAGCCCCCCAGGCCCCCAGAGCCCCCCAAAUCCCCGCAGACCCCCAACCCCCCAAAGCCGAUCUGGGAUGAGCCCCCCAAAUCCCUGGAGCUGAUCCAGGAUGAGCCCCCCCGAUUCCCAGAGCCCCCCAGAUCCCCAGGGCCGAAUCAGGACGAGCCCCCCCGAUUCCCAGAGCCCCCCAAAUCCCUGGAGCUGAUCCAGGAUGAGCCCCCCCGAUUCCCAGAGCCCCCCGGACCCCUGGAUCCGAUCUGGGAUGAGCCCCCCAGAGCCCUGAAGGCGAUCCAGGAUGACGCCCCCAAAUCCUGGGACCCCCCGGAACCCCUGGAGUUGAUCCAGGAUGAAUCCCCCAAACCCCAGGACCCCCCUGGAUCCCCAAAACUGAUUUGGGAUGGACGCCCCAAAUCCCUGGAGCCGAUCCUGGCUGAUCCCCCCAAAUCCUGGGACACCCCCAGACCCCUGGAGCCGAUCCUGGCUGAUCCCCCCAAAUCCCGGGACACCCCCGGAGCCCUGGAGCCGAUCCUGGCUGAUCCCCCCAAAUCCUGGGACACCCCCAGACCCCUGGAGCCGAUCCGGGACGGACGCCCCAAAUCCCUGGAGCCGAUCCUGGCUGAUCCCCCCAAAUCCUGGGACACCCCCAAAUCCCUGGAGCCGAUCCUGGCUGAUCCCCCCAAAUCCCGGGACACUCCCAAAUCCCUGGAGCCGAUCCUGGCUGAUCCCCCCAAAUCCUGGGACACCCCCAGACCCCUGAAGGCGAUCCAGGAUGACGCCCCCAAAUCUCGAGACACCCCCAGACCCCUGGAGCUGAUCCGGGACGGACGCCCCAAAUCCCUGGAGCCGAUCCUGGCUGAUCCCCCCAAAUCCUGGGACACCGCCGGAACCCCAAAACUGCUCCGGGACGGGCGCCCCAAAUCCCUGGAGCCCGUCCCGUUCCCCCCGCGCAGCUCCCGCCGCCCCCUCCCCAUUUUGGGGGGCCGGGUGCUGCUGGCCCGGGCCGUGCCCGUUGUGCCCCCCAAGCCCCACUUCGCCCGUGCCCUCCUGGGACCCCCCGGGACCCCCGAGAGCCCCCCCGGGACCCCCCUGGGACUCCCCUGGGACCCCCCCCGAGCCCCCCCGGGAGCCCCGAGCGCAGCCCUGGGGGGGGGCAAGCGCUGAGCGGAGGGCAAAGAAAUGGUGAGCAAAGAAUAAUAAAAGGAUAAUAAAAGAAUAAUAAAAAUAUUAAUAAAA